CGAGUUCGGCUUGCUCCGCGGUGCAUGCCCUGGAAGCUCCACUACAUGACACCUUGUCGUGGACAAGUCUUACCGUGCGACAUGUGGAAAAUGGUGCACAGAGUCCACUGCGACUGGAAUUUUGUUCUGGAGAAACCCUUUGUUGUAUUAUCUCUACGCUAGGAGAAUAAUGUUGAUAGUCCGCUGUGUAGAGCUCCCUUGCAGAGCAAUCUCAUCAUUGCGCUUGCCUUGCACUAGGUGGGAAAGAAUGUGUAGAAGCUCCUUUGCGCAAGGUCUUGCUUGAGAAAGUUAAUAUGUAUCAUAUUUUUCUAUUUGAUACAGCAGAAUUGGAUAUUAAGGAUCUCCUGACAAACGCGUUCGAUGAUCUGGAGAACGAUGACGACGCAAGUUCAGUCGACAGCAGUCAUUAUCAGGACGAUAAUGUCAGGGACACUGACUGUAUCAAUACAGUGGGCGACUCUGAACUGGAUUCGGUUGUGCCCAUCAAGGGUCAGUUAGCGGCGACGCAAACGCAGAAGGAUUUUCGCGUCUACGAUCGCGCGCAGAAUCUGAACAAUUACGAUCAAGACGUGAUAACGAAUCACAGGUUCGAGUCCGAGGGGUCUGACGGGACCGUGCAGACUGAUUUUGGUUUGUACGGGCGAACGGGGACACCAUACGGCAACAAUAGAUUCAACGACAGUAACAGUAGCAUGCUGGAAACGCCGUAUGAAUUAGCGAAACCGCCGACCGGAUAUCCCCGUAAGCUGCACGCGCAGCAGUCGGUUGAGGAAUGCACGUUCGGUGACAGUUAUCCCUAUAACUAUGAGACCCCGUCUAACCAUUACAAUACCCAUCCCAAGAAAUACUCUAAUAACGGUUAUACCGAUGCGUACGAGAAUAAUGUACAAAGUAACCAGAUUCACGAGUUCGGCGGGGGCGAUAACGCAACCUCGGACCACGCGAAUCACUGCUAUAAGACUAGUCCGAACGGCAAACCAAUGGACGACGAGGCGGCAUACAAAACAGCAGAUUACAAUAGCAAGGAGCAACUGGAAGUGCUCUACCAGAUCAGAAAGCGGGAGAUCGAUCGUUUGAUGGAGGAGCUCCAACAACUCAAGCAGGAGAAAGAGGAUGAGAAGAACAAAAUGAGCAGGAAACUGUCGCUGCUGCAGACGGAAGUCACCGCGGCUAAUAUCUCAAAGAAUCAAGCGCAUCAUGCGUUUGUUGACGCUAAGGCCGAGAUAGCCGAUCUACAAAUGCAGAUGGAAUCUAUGAAGGAGAAAAACGCAGUGUUGGAGAAGACGAAUCACAAUAUCACCGAAGAGUUAAAUAUCGCGAGGAACUCGGUCAUAGAUCUGCAACAGAAGAUCUCUUUACUAGAGAGGACACAUGCGUUGCAGGCGGGUGACAAGAUGCACGAGAAGUUUUUGAAACAGGCGCAGGAGAAGCACGCGGUGGAGAUGAAGAAUAUGCAGACGCAGAUUGAUGUUCUUACAGACAAAUUAAAUGCCAAGCUGCUUAAUAUGGAUACCAGCAACAAUAGUAUUUGGGAAACGUCAUAUGUCGCUCUUGAACACAAGCUAGUGGAGGUACGGAGAGCACACGAGACUCUCAUGGUGGAGAAGGGUGACACUAUGAAUCGCCUGGCACAAGCGCUGGAGGAGAGUCAAACUCAAUGCCAUAAUCUCAUGGCCACGAAUAGUGCCCAACAGGUGAUGCAGCUGCAGGCACAAGUGAAAAUGUUAACGCAGGAGAAAGAAGAGCUGCAUAAAAAUGUGCAAGAGCUGCAGAACAAGUUGGAGAUGGCCAAAAACGAUAUGGCGCAGUACGACUCGUUGCUAGCCACAACUUUGGAGGACGAAUCUGACUCGAUUAGGCAGAUGAAAUUAGGCGAACUGCAUAAUAAAUCUCGAUCGAGACCCAUUGAUGACAUCACGAACAAGUUGAGAGGUGAACUGCAAAGAUGCCUGGCCGGUCAAGCUGUCAAGAGGAAAGAAAUAAACCGUUUAGAGAAUACCUUGUCGCAAAAGGAAAAGGAGCUGGACAAAGCAUUGGUAAUAGCUGACACAUGUCGACAGGAAGCGGCACGGUACGCCAAGCGAGUCAAUGAACUGGAGCAGGAACUGAAAUCUGUAUUAACGGAUCAGGCGAUGAAGGCGAAUGCUAAAAUACAGAAGCUGUCGGACCAUUUGAACGACGUGAAGAAACAAUACGAAGCAUUACGCGAUGAUAAGAUUAGUAUAGAAGAAAAACUAGAGGAAGCUUUAGCUAUUAACGAAGAGACACUUCGAAAGAUGCAUCAGGAGACUAUGGAGCAACAAGAGAAAGAAGCUGUUAAUGAGUACAAUAAAGAGUACUUGGAGAUACAUGCUAAAGCCGUGGAAAGAGUGAAACAAGAAGCACAAAUGGAAAUAGUACAAUUAACUGUACAAUUAGAGCAAACGCAAAAAGAAUUAAGUCGUGUAAAGGAAUUGUACAUAGAUGUCUGUGGAACGAAGGAACAAUUAAUAAACGACCAUAAAGACGAAAUCAAAAUGUUGAAGAAUAAAUAUGCUACAUUGGAAUCGCAUGAGAAAGACGUGGAGAAACUAGGAAACGAAUUACAAACACAAAUGAAACUGUGUAAUAAACUAACUGAGGAAUGCGAGGACUGCAAAAGCAAAAUAAUUGAAUUGGAGAAAGAAUUGGCACACGAAAGAAGAAAGAAGGAAGAUCAUAUGAAAAAGAUACAUUCUGAAAUAGAAAAAGCAAAAGAAGAAGCCUUGAAUGAACUAAGAAAUGCACAUCCCAAUCAGGAAAUUAGUCUUCUUCUGCCGGACCAUUGUUCUGAACAUCUGGAGAAAAUUAAUCAAUUGGAAGAAGAUUGUAAACGUUUGGAAGGGAAGCUUCAAAUUGCCGUGCAGGAGCAGAAAAAAUUAUCCGAAUUCCAAACCGAAUUGGACGAUUCUAAAUUGAAAAUAGCGCAAAUGGAAAUCUCGCAGGAAUCGUGGAAGAAGAAAUACGAGAAAGCCUCCAGUGAGAGAAAGGAUCUUCUCACAAAAGUCUCCAAGCUAGAUUUAGAACUAUCGAGUCUGAAGCGCACCUCAAAGCUGGAUGAUUCGGACGAUGUGAAAUUGAAGAUCGCCCGGUUUCAAAUGGAUAACGAGACGUUGAAGAAACAAUACGAGAAUGUGCUCAGCGAGAGGAGCACCUGUAAGGAAAAAAUCUCCGAGCUGGAAGCGGAAUUGCUCGAUAUGCGAAAGAAGGCCAGCAGCCUCGAGGGAAGAUUACGGAGGAGCAGCGAGAUCAUGAAGAAGAGUGAAUUGGAGCAAGAGCUCUCUCGUUACAAGGAUUUAGUCGCGCAGCUAUCUAGGCUGAAUAACUCGAAGGAGGGACGCGCGAGUGAACCAGCUCUAGAACAGAGGAUACAACAGCUCGAGCAGGAUCUACGAGGGAAAGAUGAGAAACUGAGCAGGCUGCUGAAAGAUUUCGAGAAGAUCAAGGGCGAGAGGGAUCAGCUGGUGAUGAAGCUGCGAAAUCAAGCCAAACAAUUCGAGCAAUACGUUAAGAGCCAGAAUAAGGUGUCAGCAGAAUUAAAUCUGUCUCCUCGCAGCACGAGCGACAGUACGGACUUCCAGAAGAUGAAGGAAAAUGUAGCGAAGGAAGUGCGGGAGGAGAUGGAGCAGAGGGUAGCGAAGGAGCUCAGGGGUAUUGGCGAGCAACAUCUCGAGAAAAGAAGAGAGUUGGAGGAAAAGUACAAAAUUGUCGUGUCCGAGUGGCAAACGAAAUAUAACGAGAGAAAUCAGGAGGCAGAAAACCUGCGGAAGGCGAUGAUGGCAGAGAAGAUGAAGAUUGGCCAGGUGAUAGGCAACCAAUUGGAGGCCUACAACCGGGAGCUGCAAGCGCGAGGAUUGCAGAUUGACAAAUUGGAGACAGAUCUGAAGAAGAAAAAGAAUGAAGUCGAGGAGGACAGGAACUGGAUGGCCCAGAUGCUGAGUGGAUGGGCCGCCGAGCUCAAGGAGAGCCAAGCGAAGGAGGCGGAGAAGGACGACGAGAUACAUAAAUUGAAAUCCACCGAGGAGAAACUCAGUAGCGAGGUCAAGACGUUGAGGGAUAAGGAAAAGCACAUGAAGAGCAAUAUAGACUUGCUGAAGCACAAAUAUCAAAGAGCGAAACAGUCCGUGGACAAAUGCAAGAGCCAUGCGGAAAAGAAGGAGAAAUUUUUAUUGGGCGAAUGCAAACGCAUCGAGGAGGGAUACAAAAAGGCCAUGAACGAAGUACAAGAAAACUUUCAAGCACACGACGAGCAGCACGCCGCGAAAGUCAAGGAGCUUGAGCAACAGUAUACAGAGAAAAUGAAACAAAUGCGACUUACACUGAAGUACAAAGAUAAAUAUUGAACGUACGUACUAAGUAUUCUUUAAGUAUAUGCAAUAUAGUUCUCUCCCGGGCUAAGAUAAAUUGUAGUUACAGAGGCUAGAUAUCUUCUUUGUCUUUAUUUUUCAAGCUAGAUGGACAGGAGCCUUGUCUGACGCGGUUAUCGGUGCGUAAUUCUACGACUUAUUACGUGUGAAUUAAAUUAUCAGACGUACCGGUUCCGUAUUACCGAAACGUUUGGUAUUUUAAUUCACGCGUAACAGGUUGUAAAUAUACGCACCGAUAACCGCGUCGGCCGAGAUUCUAACUUGCUCAUUUAGCUCGAAAGUUACAACAGAAUCUUUAAUUAGUAAUUUUUUGUCUUUAAUUUAAAGCACAUUAUUAACGAUGUAGUUUAUUUUAGUGCAGUUUUACGUUAGGGACCAAUAUAUACAUAUACUUAUAAGCGAGAACUCACACCGGUAGUAUUAUUAUCACGUUUGCUUGCCAAUCUCGAUUUUCGACAGAGCGGCGAACGCUAAUGUAGCUCUGAAAAGCUAUAAACGUCUAAAGUACAAUUAUCUGAUUAAUCGUAUGAGUAUUCUAACUGGGUAGUAACGUUUAUACAUAUUGUUAGUCGAUACGACGAACGCAAUGCUGUAAAAAUAGGAAGGAAUCGGUUUAACAAUAUAAUCAAUGUUAUAUAUAUAUAUAUAUAGAUAGAUAGAUAUAUAUAUAAAUAAAUAAUAAUUUUAUAAUUUGUCUAUAAUUUAGGGCGAAACGGUACACGUGUAAACUCGCGAACAAAACGAAAAGCUUUAGUCAGGUGUUUCCGCCGAGCAUUAUUAUGACAUAAUACGCAAGACUGGAUCUCUACCGGAUCUUUCUCUCUUUCUCCCUUACGGAAGUAAGUCAGUCAAAGAGAGAAAAUCAAAAUAUAGACUUUAAGAUGAACAUUUUAAUUUUUCCCGUAGUGAAAUGAGAAUGACCAUCAUCACUAUCAAAGGUUACUUUGAGUAUUAGAAAUCCGUUUACACUUUAUACGCGUCUAGGAGAAAUAGGGAUCAUUUUGAUCAAUUUUGUACAAAGUGCGAUUUACAGUAUAGGAAAAUGCUCUACGUAUAAAAAUUCUUGUAACUAAGUGAAAAAUCCGAAUUGUAUUAAAGAAGUUUUUAGCGCGUUGUAGACAGCAGGACUGAGUAACAAAGAUCUACAUUAUAUUACUUAGUCUUAGAUGACUUAGCGUAUAUAUUUAAGUAAUUGUAACGAUAGAAUUCUCGAGGCGUUUAUGUCGCCUCUCUUUUUUUCUCAUUGCAAAAUUUUAUGAAAUAUUGAACAAAUAGGACGCCAUAAUUCAUCGAUCGUCUCUCUCUUCCUCUCUGUGUCUUUCUCUUUUUUCCCCCCUUUCUCUUUCUACAAUUUGCUUAUUUUAUUAUGCAAUUGUGUGCAAUCUCAGAAAAUGGCUGAUUAUAUAUCGUAUCGACUUAUAAAAGCCGCGGAAUAUAGUAUAAAAAAUCAAAUAAAUGCCUGUAUAUCUCUA